AUGGUUUGGGACGAUUCACGGGGGUCGAGUCAGCAUCCACGUUCGAGAGGGGGCGCGGCCGGUGUUUAUGCGCGCACGGCCGCUGGCGUACGCACUACGCGAGCCGGUUGAGCGCGCGCUGGAGCAGCUGGUGCGCGACGACAUCCUCACUCCCGUCAGCCACUCAGACUGGGCUGCACCAAUCGUUCCGGUUGUGAAGAAAGAUGGGACGAUUAGAAUCUGUGCUGAUUUUAAACUAAGCUUAAACAAAGUUUUGGAGGUCGACCGUUAUCCGUUACCUAAGGUAGAAGAUCUUUUGUCUCGGUUGCACGGAGGCGAAAGGUUUAGUAAAGUCGAUUUGUCACAGGCGUACGCCCAAUUUGAGCUGGGAUGA